CAACGAGUUCAAGCGAACAGAUUACGUCACUUCCCGAGACCGCAAUGGCAGAAAGAGGUUACAGUUUCUCUCUCACCACAUUCAGCCCUUCGGGGAAGUUGGUUCAGAUUGAAUAUGCUCUAGCAGCUGUGGCAGCAGGUGCUCCCUCUGUAGGAAUUAAAGCUGCAAAUGGUGUUGUGUUGGCAACAGAAAAGAAGCAGAAAUCUAUACUGUAUGAUGAGCAGAGUGUUCACAAAGUGGAGCCCAUAACCAAGCACAUUGGCAUGGUGUAUAGUGGAAUGGGUCCAGACUACAGGGUUUUGGUCAGGAGGGCCCGAAAACUUGCCCAGCAAUACUUCCUGGUGUACCAAGAGCCUAUUCCAACAGGCCAGCUUGUUCAGAGGGUUGCUUCUGUCAUGCAAGAAUACACACAGUCAGGAGGGGUUCGUCCAUUUGGUGUAUCUCUCCUGAUUGCCGGCUGGGAUGAAGACCGCCCAUACCUCUUCCAGUCUGAUCCAUCGGGUGCAUACUUUGCAUGGAAAGCCACAGCGAUGGGAAAGAAUUAUGUGAAUGGGAAAACAUUUCUUGAGAAAAGAUAUAAUGAAGAUCUUGAACUGGAAGAUGCCAUUCACACAGCUAUUUUAACCCUCAAGGAAAGCUUUGAAGGCCAGAUGACAGAGGACAACAUUGAGGUGGGAAUCUGCAAUGAGGCUGGCUUCAGGCGCCUGACUUCUGCAGAAGUUAAAGACUAUCUGGCUGCUAUUGCAUAAAUUAACCUUUGGAUGAAGCGCUGAUUCAUUUCUGUGGAUUUCAGAAGUCUGAGGAAUGCACUUGUAGUUUUAUUGUUUUGGUUUUUUUUGUUUUUUUUUUUACCUGAAAAAAAAAAUAAAAUUCCAAAGUACA